AUGAAUGCAAGCACUGUCAACAAUAACAAUAAUGGCGAUUCACAAAACUCUUUUAAUGGAAAAGAAAAAAGUGCCAAGAGUCGCACUAAAAAGCCCCAUUGGAGAGGUGGAUCAAAUAUUCAUAUUGGUUCAGGUUACUCAGUAUCUUUGAUACAUAUAUUAGAAAAGAUGAAAGGAUUUUGUCAAGUAGUUGAUGUAGAUUAUGAAGUUAUAGAUAAUGAAGAAAUCUAUAAACUUACAGAAAAUCAUGAUUUUGAUGAACAAGAUAAUCAUAUGGAGUUAGGUCCACAAGCUAUGUAUUAUAAGUCAUCAACAUCUGUAUCAAGCACAUCAAGUAAUGAAGAUAGAAGUGAGGAAAAUUUUGUUCCAGCAUAUCAGAAUGAAUCACUCCCAGAUGGUAUCGUUGCUACAAAUUCCCCAGGAAUAUUUGUGUUUUUCUCUUCAGCAUUAAGUUUUAAUGGAGAAAUCAACCAUACAAAAUCAAACAAUAAUUCACUUCACGCACAUUAUAAUAAGGUUCAUAAUCUCAUUGAAACUGAUUACAUACAAGGGGAAAUGCAGACAUUAUACAAAUGGAUGCCUGAAAGAAUAGAUAAUGUCAAUGCACAAGGAGAUGUCGUAGAAUGGAGUAAAUCCGAUUUAGGAAAUGAAUGGAGUCAGGUGGUGGAAUACAUGUGUAAAGAUCUUAACAUUAAAUAUGAAGUUUUCGGAAAUGAAAAUGAAAAUGCUCCAUGA